AUGGAAUUUGAGAAACAAGCGAGUGUCACAUCGAACGAAGCCAACUUGACUGGUUCUAAACCAAGUCCUUUUCCUGCAACUCGUUCAAUGCAGACCCAAAACGGUAGUCUGGAUGAAGCUCACAACACGAAGACAAAAUGUGCAACAGUUGAGAAGCCGUUGUCGCGGAGUCUGUCUGUCGGCUCGUCUAUUGACUCCCACGUACACAAGCGCUUUAAAGCAAACGGUGAUGGUAAUACUGCUGAGGAGAAAGCAAUUAACGAAAAAGACCUUGUUUUUCAAGCAGACGAGGAUCUCAAAACUGUACCGUACAACAAUAUCUCAGACGGCACUCAAAACUCCAACACCCAAGUUUCCGCUAACUACAGCAAUUCCUCACAAAACAGCCUGGUGGCUCAUAACGCUUCCUUACCUGUUGGCACCACGGAUCAGGCCAACAGCGUAUCCGUGCCUGCAGAGACCAGUACCUUCCCAACGUUUUUAAAAACAAGAGUGCGUGUGUGUAUGGUAUCACAAACACUACUCACGUUGGUAUCCCAGUACUUUGACCAAGACGACGACAAUCAUGUCGUAGAGGCCUUAUGCACGGUACUUUGCAACGAGAACCGGCCUUCCAUCUUCUACUUGCUGAGGGGCUUGACAUUCGGCCCAGAACACCGGUUUGUCGUGCGCCGUAAGCAUUGGUGGAACCCAUGGAGUGAAAAGGUUAUGCGAAAGGAAAUUGUUGUAAAAAAAAUUGACACAAAACCCGGCUGUCGUAGUAUACUGGAACGGUUUCAGACGACCAGCGAAAAUGACAAGCAGGAUCUGAUGGUCAUGCCCAUGUAUACGAUAAAUAUGUGGAUCGUGUCAUUAAUCACUGUUAGUGGAUUGGGUUCAGUGCUUAUUGGUCUUUGGAUGCGCCUUACAGAUCCUUCUUUUGCGCAUGGAAUGCUUCUCAAUCUAACCAUUGGAAGUAUUGGAAGUUUGUUGUAUUUAUUGUCAAAUACCUGGUGCAGAUAA